UCAGCCCCCUGGGAAAGUACAUAUCUGUGAGGCGCUCCCUGCCCGCCGCUUGCACACGGCUGGCGCCCGGUCCCGCACGGAUCAACCCCGGCAGCUCCGCUCCGCUCCCCGGGGGCCUGAGCCGGAAUUGGGGCUGCUCCGCAACUUUACAAACUUUUCUUUCGGAAGUAGUUCGUGCGAGGACGCGCCCUAGCCCACCGCCACCAUGGAUGCCAUCAAGAAGAAGAUGCAGAUGCUGAAGCUGGACAAGGAGAACGCCUUGGAUAGAGCCGAGCAAGCCGAAGCGGACAAGAAGGCAGCGGAGGAGAGAAGCAAGCAGCUGGAGGACGAACUGGUGGCUCUACAAAAGAAGCUGAAGGCCACUGAGGAUGAGCUGGACAAAUACUCCGAGUCCCUUAAAGAUGCACAGGAAAAGUUGGAACUGGCUGACAAAAAGGCCACAGAUGCUGAGAGUGAAGUAGCUUCUCUGAACAGACGCAUCCAGCUGGUUGAGGAAGAGUUGGAUCGGGCUCAGGAGCGCUUGGCUACUGCCCUGCAAAAGCUGGAGGAGGCUGAGAAGGCUGCAGAUGAGAGUGAAAGAGGAAUGAAGGUCAUUGAAAAUAGAGCCCAGAAGGAUGAAGAGAAGAUGGAAAUCCAGGAGAUCCAGCUUAAAGAGGCUAAGCACAUUGCUGAGGAGGCUGACCGCAAGUAUGAAGAGGUGGCUCGUAAGCUGGUGAUCAUUGAGAGUGACCUGGAGCGCGCUGAGGAGCGUGCUGAGCUAUCAGAAAGCAAAUGUGCUGAGCUUGAAGAGGAGUUGAAAACUGUGACCAACAACCUGAAGUCGCUGGAGGCUCAGGCUGAGAAGUACUCACAGAAAGAGGACAAGUAUGAAGAGGAGAUUAAAGUUCUGACUGACAAACUGAAGGAGGCUGAGACCCGUGCUGAGUUUGCUGAGAGGUCAGUAACCAAGCUGGAGAAGAGCAUUGACGACCUAGAAGACCAACUCUACCAGCAACUUGAGCAAAACAGCCGCCUAACUAAUGAACUAAAGCUGGCAUUGAAUGAGGAUUAAACUUUAGUGUGACUAUAUUUUUAAGUUGUUUGAAACAACUUCUUCCAAAUUUCCAUAAAGAAUGAAUCAGUAAAUGUAAAAAUCAGCAAGAAGCUUAGAAAUUAAUUUAUUUUUUUUUAGCUGUUGAUUCUGUGGUAAAUUAAUGAAAGAAAUUCUCAGUUUCUCUUGGGAAAAUAUGGAAAUGCUUCUUCUGGAUGAGGCUUUUCAUUAAGUGUCUACACACCUAUUUUGUAGGAGCGCUAAGCUCUUCUGCUGUGAAGUAGCUUUUUCCACUUAAGAGCAGAGCUACAGCAUUUCACUAACAAUAUCCAAAAAUUAACAACCUGCAUUGCAGAAAGGCACCCAUUUUAUCCAGCAGCAUGAAUUGGCCCUAAGAUUUUUACCACAGUGAGAGAAAAAUAUUCACUAGAAUUCAUAUUUCUGUAUUUCAAAACCAGCUUAAAGGAUACUUACAGCUGUUUUGUCCGGAGACUUUGAUGUGAUAAUUUUGCCUUACUAUGAAUUUGGCUUGUACUUGACAUUUAAAAAAAAAAAAGAAUGUGAGCUCCAUCUGGCAAUACCCAAUCAGUUUAAAGGUAUGCUUGCAUAGUAUGAAGUUAAUAUUACUGGAUCCCAGUAGGAUGCACCACCAGAACAUUAUGCUCAUUUAUUGUAUCAACUAUGUGUGUUAAGUGAUUGUCCUAUUAAAAUGUGCAUGCAACAUAAGGCUACUAACUUUGAGUUUAUUUAUUUUCUAAAAUAAAUAAGUUUCUUAAAGGUCACUUCACUGAAAACUAUUGUAGUUGUAAUUUGUUUGUUCUUUGUAUUUUUGAAUUCUAUGAAACUUUUAAUUGUGUAUCUGCAAAGAACUUAUUUUUUUUAUUGCCUACUUUAUAGGGAAAAAAACCAAAAACUAAAAAAGGCACUUAUUAUCUCACAUACCUAUAAGAAAAGAGCUUCCAGAACAUUGUGUCUGUGUUGGCAGUGCAUUUUCUUAACAAAUGCAGCUGUAAACAGUUCUAAACUUGCAUUACUUGCUGUUUGUUUUAUUAGUUUGGAAUUCUCUCUGGUUGUGUUAUCUGGAAACAUUGGUAUUUAUGAGCAUGCACAUUUCUUAACUUUCUAAACCCUCUGAGAGAAGUGAUGAUUGCAUGCCUUCAUGUUCUGAGAAUCAGUG